GUCUAAAUAAUAAUAUUCAUUCUAAAAACAUGUUCUCUUAUCUCCACGCAGAAGAACCUUAUCUGCGGCAUGUAGAAAAAGAUGUGCUUAUUCCCAAGAUUGUGAGGGAGAAGGCGAGGGUUCUGUGUUCUGAAAAAGUAGAAGGUGAGAAUGAAACAUUAAUACUGGUGCAUUAUGGUGGGGGGGAGGCAGGAGAGAAUUUUGUAUUUUAGGUAUACAAAAUAUACUAUAGGAAAAGAUUUGGAUGAAAAAAAUCAGAAACCUGUCAGUAGGCAGCAAGAGUAUCUUAUUUGUGAAUAAGAUGGUUCCUAUCUGCAUUUUGUCCUCAAAACCCAAAGAGCUGUCUGAGCAGCAUGAAGAAACAUGGAGGAAAAUUGUGGAAUAAAUGUUCUUUAUAUUGUGCUUUCAAUGAUCCAUUAAUUUGGCUGAUAUUUCAGAAUAUAUUUUCCUGAAUUAGAGGUACUCUCUUCUAACUGGUUGAGCACUCAGACAGAAAUCGAGAGUUCCUCAUUUGUCUGUAGCUUGGCCCCAUGUUUAGCAUAUUGUUAAUGUGAAAGUUGCACCCCUACAUUAGCAAAAUCAUUUUUGUCAAAGUUUGGACUAGGGAUGCACCGAAAUGAAAAUUCUGGGACCAAAAAACGGAAAUUCAGGAUACCCUUGGGCGAAAACCGAAACCGAAAAUGACUUUUUUCCCCAAAUGAUUUUAAAAAGUUUUUUUUCCUAUAAUUUUAUUAAUAUUAGACUUUUUAAUGAAUUUAAUCAAUCUAAUAUGAAAAACUUCCCUUCUCCCUUAGUGGUCCUCUCCCCUCCCUCUUUUUUAGUGUUCACUCCUCCCCUGUCCCAUAGUGUUCUUUGCUCCCCCGUCCCAUAGUGUUCUUUCCACCCCCGUCCCAUAGUGUUCUUUCCACCCCCGUCCCAUAGUGUUCUUUCCCCCCCGUCCCAUAUUGCCUCCCCCCUUCCCAUAGUGGCCUCCCCUUCCCAUGUACUCCCCUUCCCAUAUUGUGCCUCCCACUCAGAUCCCAUAUUGUACUCCCCAGUUGGCACUUCCCCAGUCCCAUAGUGUUCUUCCCCGUCCAUAGUGUUCUUCCCCAGAUCCCAUAGUGUUCUUCCCCAGGUCCAUAGUGUUCCCAGCUUCCCUGUCCCAUAGUGUUCUUCCCCGUCCACUAGUGUUCUUCCCAGAUAGGUUCCUUCCCCGUCCAUGAGUCUCCCCGUCCAUAGUGUUCUCCCCAUGAUCCCCAUGUGUUCUCCCCCCCUCCAUGUUGUUAACCCCCCCCAUGGUGUUCUUUUCUCCCAGAUCCCAUAGUGUUCUUUUCUCCACCCCUGAUCCCAUAGUGUUCUUUUCUCCACCCCGUCCAUAGUGUUCUUUUCUCCACCCCACUCCCAUAGUGUUCUCCAUCCAUAGUGUUCUUUUCCACCCCAGAUCCCAUAGUGUUCUUUUCUCCACCCCGUCCAUAGUGUUCUUUCUCCACCACCGUCCCCCUUUUCUCCAGAUCCCAUAGUGUUCUUUUCUCCACCACCCCGUCCAUAGUGUUCUUUUCUCCACCCCGUCCAUAGUGUUCUUUUCUCCACACCCCCCCGUCCCAUAGUGUUCUUUUCUCCACCACCGUCCAUAGUGUUUUUCUCCACCCCGUCCCAUAGUGUUUUUCUCUUCCCGCACCUGUCCCAUAGUGUUCUAUUCCCCCCCCCCCUUCCCAAGUGCAUUAUUCUUGACUUUUCAUGUUAUCAUUACUAUCUUUUAUUGUGAUAUAUAAUCAUCUGAAUUGUGCACUAAACUAUGCACUACAAAAAUAAAAAAUUAAAUUUUGGUGCUUCCCUAGUUUGGACAGAAUUUGUUAACUGAAUGUGAUACCCUUUCAGCCAAUGAGUGCCUUUCAAAUAUGAAUGGAAUCAAUAUUUCUAACAUGGAAGUGUAACUUCUGCAAUUCCAAUAUUAUGAACAAGGGACUUUGCCAUGUAUGCCUGGCAAAACCUUGGUUUGUGUUAAACCAGUCUAAAGCAGUAUAAUAUAGAACCUGGGGUUGGCACAGAGACAUACUGGCACCAUAACUAUUACAGUGUAAUGUAGUAAUUAUGAUUCUUAGAGUGCCCCUCAGCUAUUUUCCCUAUAAUUUCUUAUUCUAAUUUAAAAUAAUAUCUUCAUAUUAUGGUAUCGUGUAUCUUUUUUCAUAGUUAUUUUUAUUAUAGUUUCAUAGGUUUUUGGAGUUGUAUUUUUUUUUUUUCUUUAAAAUGUUUCUCAAAACAUUUGUAACACUACAUACACUACAAAAUGCACUUGUAAGUAGAGCUUAAACACAUUUUCUCAACUUGUAACUAGUAACAGACAAAAAAACACAUCAACAAAUCAUUUUGUGUAUAGCGUAUACUUUUUAUCCAUGUAUUGUUUUAAGAAAUGGAAAGCUAAGUUCUUGGGCAGAGUUGUUUUAAGUCACCUAGUUUUCCCAUUUACCUUUUCAACCCCAAGGCAUGCUAUGAUAUUUAGUGGAAAUGAUGGCUUACAAAAUAACUUCAGGCCUUGCUUCCACAAAGCUUGGCCAGUGUCAACCAUGGUUUCAAUAACAUUCACUUGUUCAGCAAUACUUCACCAUUGGGGACUCUUGUGUCCCUCAAGGGUGACAUUGAGUAAAGCAUACGACAUUUUCAUGUGACAUAUCAAAACCCAAAUUUAGAGAACACAGUUCUUAGCUAGCUCUGCAUGGUGUGUAUUGAUGCUCGGGGGUAAAAUAAAAUGGCACAUCAUUUUUAUCAUGGUGGGUGAUAGUUAUGGCGUGAGUUAUGAGACAUGCUCCCAUUACUUUGGAAAGGUUUAAGAUAUUUGGCAUUCUAAAGCUUAGUGCUCUAGAUAGCUGACAACAUGUUUGAUCAGUUUGGAAAAUCUGGGGCAUAUUCUUACAUUGUUCUUGCUAGUCUCCGAAACAAGAAAUGGUUUUUUGUUUUAUGUUUGAUAAGGUCAAUAUUUGUAUACUUGGUGUGAGGUUCUUAAACAAGGUAUAUUGCCCUACUGCUGCUUAUAUGUAUCACAUAAAAUGUUUUCUCUUUAAAGGCUGCUUGACAUUGUAAACACAAUUCUUAAAAACAAAUACUGGAUGCCCUGAUCCUGCAAACUUCUUGUUGUGACACACUGACAGUACGAAUUAUGCCUAUAACUACAUUAAAAGGCUCCUCUAUGCAACUAAACCGCUAGGAUUAUUAAACUUGUUGGGGUAAAAAGUGCAGUCCAUACAGUUUUUGUCAAACCAUUUUUCGAGUGUGGGCCCCCUGUUCAGAUAAUGUUUUGUUUAUUAUUUUCCAUGUUUUGAUUUGACUUCAAUAAUGCUGUGAUACAAUGAUUUUGUUUCCAAAAAAUUACAAAUUGCAUACCCAUUGCUAUAGUGAUUGACAUGUGAGAAUGUUGUUUUAUUCAUGUGAGUAGGAACUGGAUUCUGGACAAAUACAUUACACAUGAGUUGGAUCGGAAUUUUACCCCCAUCCCCAAAGAUCUGUUCUGGUACUGGAGCAAUUUGAUGUGCUACUCAGUAUGUACUCAGUAUGUUUACCUACAUUUGAAGGUAUAUUUACCACAGUUCUUUGAUGUAUGUGUAUCUGGUUGUAUUCAGUAUAUGUAGUAAAUAAAAUUUUUAGCACCUUCUCUGUGUAUGUUAGUUACGAAUGGGAGGAUAGACCUUCCACAUAUUGUAAAUUAUUAUUGACAGCUGAAACAGUUUCAUAGUCAGCAAGUUAGUGUGAGGUGAGUAGAGGGUUGGAUGAUACGGUAUUUUCUUUGUCUAUGAUCUGUGGUCUGUGUCAGCGCUGGAAUAAAGAUAAGUGUGAGGGUCAGUAACAGAAACUUGUAUUCUAGACCCUAUAGUGUUAAACCCACCAUUUAGGUGGCUUGCCCCCCCUCUCCCCGCCCAGCCCUCUUAAAAGGAAUUUUAAACUUGCCUUAUUGACAUCCUGUCCCCGAUCCACCUCCUUGAUGACUUCAUCAGAUUUGCCGAUUUUUAGCCAAUCCAAUUGGCAAGGAGGCAGGAUGGUGCCGGGGCCAAACACAGUUUUGGCCAAUCAGCACUUCUUCAUAGAGAUGCACUGAAUCAGUGCAUCUCUAUGAGGAAAAAGGCAGUGUUUGCAUGAAAAUGCUUGAAGGCAAUGAUUACACUCACCAGAACAACUACAUUAAGCUGCAGUUGUGGUGACUAGAGUCCCUUUAAAGGUCUGUGUGUUUUUUUUUUUUUUUGUUUUUUUUUCUUUUAAUAAAAGGGUGGCCACAAUAGUCUUUAUACAUGCACUGACAUAGCAGACAUAGAAAACAAAAUGUUUUUUUGUGUUUUUCCUGAUAGGAAUUGUGCUGGAUGGAGUCUAUAUAGCUCCGAGAUUCUGCAAGGUUCCAACUUUGUGUAAUUAGCCCCAGGGAAAUGUGUUGUAUUAAAUUAAUUUUGCACUUUAUAUAAGUGUAUGUUUAGGCUCUGGUUGGAGGUUGAUUGGAAACUGCAGGUGAGGAGUCCAGAGUUUCAACCCUCUAAAAUAACCGAUCAUCAAAUUCAUGUUGCGUUCAUACUGCACAGCCAUGGGUGUCCGCAGUAAUUUUUCCAGGGGAGGGGCAUAAUUGUAAUGAUAUCCAUGCUUGGCCCCUUUUUGACAGUCAUGAAGGGGAGGAGCAUAGUCAAUAUCACAUAAAGCCAGGGUGAAUAGCAUUUUCACAACUAUGAUGUCAGGAAUACAUGUUUGUUUUCCUGACACUAUAGUGUUCCUUUAAGCAAAUUAAAGGAACAUUCUGGUCACCAUAACAACUUCAUCUAAAUGAAAAUGAUAUGAUGCCAGGAGGUCCCUGGGUGCUCUUUCUUUUAAGUGGUUAAACCGCUCUCAAAUUGUUUAACCCCAAAAGGCUUCCUCCAGAUCUCCAGGUCGCUCAGUGCUAUUCGGCUUCUGCUACCUUUUUCCUUGAAGCUUCUGGAAAGACUGGUCUGACUAUUUUUACUUGAUUCCAAUUCUCUCCUUGACCCUCUUCAGUCUGGCUUCGGCCCCUCCACUCUACUGAGACUGCUCUUAUUAAAGUCACUAACGACCUAAUCACAGCUAAAUCCAAAAGGCACUAUUCCAUACUAAUUCUUCUUAACCUCUCUGCUGCCUUUGACACUGUUGACCAUGUUUUCCUUCUCCAAACUUCUCCAAACUCUUCAAUCACUCUGUCUCUUCGACACUGUCCUCUCUUGGUUUUCCUCCUAUCUCUCCCAACGCUCAUUCAGUGUCUCCUUUUCUAAUGAUACCUCCUCCCUUUGUCUUGUCUCUGUUGAAGUCCCCCGAGGCUCUUUACUUGGUUCCCUUUUAUUGUCUCUUUAUACUGUCUCUCUUGGCAAACUUAUUACUUAAUUUGGAUUCCAAUACCCCCUGUACGCUCCUCCCCAGACCUCUCCCCUGCCGUCCUGCAAUGUGUCACUGCCUGCCUCGCUCCCCAACUUACUGGAAAGGUUCAAGGGCUACAGUGCAGUUUCUAAUCUGAAGUUGAACCUGGACAAAUUCAAGGUGAUGCCGCUCUCCUGGAGCGAAAACCGGACCCCACAACUCAGGGCACAUUUCCCGUUUAAGCUGUGCGCUACCAAACUUAGAUACCUGGGUGUGUGGCUACGGGAGAACCUCACGCAUUUGUACCAACAGAACUACAUACUCCUCCUAGCAGCCUUGGAGGAGGACAUGCGGCGGUGGACACUGCAAUAUCUCACCUGGUUCGGCCGCAUCAGUGCAGUCAAGAUGAGUCUGCUCCCCUCCCCCGCUUGCUCUAUCUCUUCCAGACGAUCCCUACCACUAUCCCGCAAUCUUUCUUCCGCACCAUAUCUACGGCGAUCCGCCACUUCCACUCAACGGCCCACACAGGACUACCCUGGAGAGACUAAAGAGUGAAGGAGGAGCUGGAUUACCUAUUUUAACGUACUAUCAAGCAUCCCAUCUGCACCGACUGGUCGACUGGCAUGCCAGCCCCACAGACAAGCAGUGGGUGCAGAUGGAAAUCCACCAAGCACAAGGUAAGAUCCCGGCAAUGCUUUGGCUGGGGGGGGGGGGGUUUACAUACCAGGAGACACGCACGGGCAACCCCAUGAUUGACGCAACCCUCAGGACUUGGUGUGGGAUACGGUACUCCAAGCAACUCACAACCUCACCUAACCCACUCACACCCAUCACGCACAACCCAAGGGUGGCAGGGGGGUUACAUCCCGCCGCCUUAAAGAAUUUUCAAGAGUCGGACUGGAUAUACAUACAACAAUGGAGUUCGGACACGGGACUCAAACCAAUAACAGACUUGAUGCUAGAACGUAGACCGACAGUGCUGGAGGAGUUCCACUACCUUCAGAUUAAGAAAUACUACGCCUCCAUGACGGGUAAGAACCACCUUCACAGACCCCUACAAUACCUUGAACGCUUAUGCGCAGCCAGACAACUGCUUCGUCAUGGGAUCUCCAUCCUCUAUGAAACGCUCGUGGCUACAGGAACUAAGACUCUGUUGGGAUUCACGGGCAAAUGGGAAAGAGACACAGGAGAGACACUCACUGACCAAAAAUGGGAAAAGAUCCUUAUGAUGACACAUAAAGGAUCCAUUAGCUUGAACUAUCAAGAAUGCAGCUACAAAAUUCUAACACACUGGUACAGGACCCCAGACAUCCUCUGCCAUGUACAUGAAUUGAUCCCAGGCGAAUGCUGAAGAUGUGGAACCAAAACAGGCACGAGGAUACACAUAUGGUGGACAUGCCCACGAAUGGUAAAUCACAAGAUAAGAGAAAUCACGGCCACAGACCUGCCACUCCAACCCCUGCCAAUGCUCCUAAACCAAACACACACACUCCCCUACAGACAUACAAAAAAAGUCUCACAUACACCUACUCACAGCCGCAAAAUCGCUGAUACCCAGUCCUUGGAAACGUGCAGAUGCACCCACCUUACGGCAAUGUGUGGAUAGGAUUGAAGUUAUACAUGAUAUGGAAAUGAUGACAGCUUUCCUGCAGGGAUGCUCGGAUAAACGUGCUUUGACCUGGUACCCAUGGACCGAGUUCGUGGCUAAGAGGCUAAGAGGCCCUUGCAGGCGGGAACCCCGGGAGGGGAGGAGGAAGGAUGUAAUCAUCCCUGUCCAUCUCACACCUAAACUUAAUGGGCUCACCCUUCCUCCCCUCCCUCGACUUCUCUCCUGCCCACAAGACCUCCCUGACUUGACAUGUUUAUAAAAUUGGCUUCCCAUACUCCCAUAAACCCCUCCAAACCUUCUUGACAUACCACAAUUCUCACACACACCCUCCCCUAUCCCCGCUUUUCAGUGUACAAUGAUUCACUACCAAUCCAAAGUAAUAUGAAGGGCUACUGAUCAGUCCGAUGCUAAACGCUUUUUCAUAUCGAGUCAUAUAUGAGCAUAUGUAUUCCUUCAGCUGCCUACAAACAAUCAUUUAAUGUUUUGCAUCUAAUAUAUGAAUAAGUAUAGCAUUCUUGUUGUUAAAUGGCCUUGUCCGCAUAAUGACUUAUAUCUCACUGUUUUCUUCAUUGACCGUGAGCAGAGCCUAACACUACAACCCUACGUUAACAAAUGUUUUCCGCUAUAUUCCUGCUACAAAGAACGAAUAUGGCUUCUUUAGUUGGUUAACUGAUGUCACUACGUAUAUGUAUAAUGUCUCUGUACUACUGUUGUUGAAACCAGUUGAAAUGUACUUCCGGAACAUGUCAAGCUUUAAUAAAACUAAAAUAAAUAAUGUCAAAAAUAAAUAAAUAAUGUGUACUGACACUUAUCUGGUAGUACAGAUCUGUGGCCCCCUGGUAAAUUGACCUUGAGACAUGAUGAGACACCCUGUUUUAAGGGAUUGCGGUAUAAUAUAAUGCAUACUGUAAUAAUUUGUCGUGUAUAUUUACAGUUCAAAAAGCAUAAUGUAACACCAAGCCAUAUUUGGCAUUAUAUGUGCAUUUUAGCAUUAUUGUCAUGCGUAUGAGAGGAAUACCAUAGCUUGCAUAAUUAUAGUAAGAAUAGUCCCUUAUUUGUCUUUAAUUUGUCAAGUUUUUAAAACUGAUAUGUCACUUUGCGGAUGGGGGGUGGGGGGGUGGGCGUUUGAGCCUAUUUUGCAAAGACUCCCAAAACUGAUAGAUCCGUUGUGGGUCUGGUGGCCAUGGGGUGUGCUGGGAUUUGGGGAAAAAAUUAGUGGCGGAGGUCUUCAAUUAAUUCCUGAUAUUUCUUGCUUUAAUAACCCUAAAAUUCAAAAAUGUAUUCUUAUGCCUGCACAGUAAACACACACAAAUACACAACAAACUUUAUUCACUGAACUGGUAAUAGUAGGUAACUGACAAAUUAAUUUUUAUAUGUCCAAAUUGCUGGUUUUUGAAUAAUUCUAAAACUCGGGUGAUUUUAAGGUUCAUCUUUUGCUGCCUGCAAUUUAAAUUUACUCUUGUCAAUUCUCCACUGCUUAUUGUUAAACACCUAUAGGAUUCAUUCUCUAAACGAUUAUGGUCAGCGGCUAGAAGAUCAAAGCACAAAAUUCAGGCUAGAUGUGACAACCUUGUAACAUUUACUCAAACCACCUUUAGAAAAACCAUUGUAAGGAAUAAAAUCUAGUUCAGCUGUGUGUAUUUUGGAUGUGACAGGGGCCCAUCAAAUUCAGCCUUUCUCAAAUUAUCCGAUUGAAAACGUUAAGUGAUACUGGUCAAAAGUCAGAAAUCUAUAAAAAUCUGUGAAUUCUUGGCUUUCAGUGAACACUGACACCAUUGCCUUUCAUUAGAGCUGCUUUAGAUUUAAUUAAUUUCAUGUCACGGGGAAAUUCAGGCGCAAAUUGCACCUAUAUGUAAAUUUAUUUACACGAAAGGUACAAGAGAGUACAAAUUAGGAUAAAUUUUCUCAUUAUGCAUGUGAUCUAUUCCUAAUCGCGGUUGUAUGUGUGUGUGUAUAUUUUUUUUUUAUAUAUAUAUAUAUAUAUAUGUGUGUGUGUGUAUGUAUAUAUUUAUAUAUGUAAUAUUAUAUAAAUCAGGAAAGCUUGUACUAAAAAAACAUACUUGUUAAAUGAGAAGCCAGGUUUAGUCCAAAAUGGUCAGUGCAUGUAAAACAUAAUCUAGCAGUAAACUUUUUUUAUUCUGUUUGAUUUUCAAUGUCAUCUCAACCCAGCUUGUCAGAAGAAUUAAGCUAGAAAGCUAGCACCACCAUUACUUUGCUUGUAGUUUCUUUUUAAAGGGAAUGGAGCAGCUUUUAGAAAGGACAAAAAGAAAUGAAAUCACUUUCACUGAAAGAAACCAGCCUCAUUAGAGCCACCAACAGCAGUUAUUGACAGCGACACUUCCUAUUAACAAGGAGCAUUUAACUAAGAGUUUGGCUGUUGGAUCUUUGGAGUUGAUCUAAUUUGCUGGCAUUAAUUAGUUUCUUUUGAGCAUGGACACUUGGUGUUCACAGCUAUAUAUCUGGAAGACUAAUUAGGAUGAAGAAUUGAACAGAAUGGGGUAAGGCAUUAACCUUCAACCAUAACCAGCUGGGGCUAUGAUAAAGACUGUAAUGCCCAAAUGCUCCCUAUUCAGGUAGAGCGUACCCUAAUGAAUAUCAAUUUCAGCAAGCUGGCAUUCUUUAUUUACUUUAUCUUUUCUUUCUUUCUUUUUUUCUUUUACACAAUUCUGACUCCUUUGAUAAGAACAUUCUUAGAUUGUUUUUUUUCUACAAAUGUGAAUUUGUGUGUUUGUAUAAAAUGUCUGAAACCACUUUUAAAAUGUAUUUAUUUUUCUUUUCUUUUUUGUGAUGUUAAAUUAGCUUACAUACUUCAUGUGAAUAUACUUAUUGGAGUAAGUGCCAUAUAAAGAGUACUAUCAGGGUUAUUUACUAAAGUCAAUACAAAGACCAGAGUAACCAGUUUGGCUAUUUGUGACCUUAAAUUGGAAAUUCACUUUGAAUAACCCUGUAUGCCUGACACUUAAAUUUAGAUGUACCGAUGUUGGCCAUGCACUGACCUGUAUUUCAUCAAGGUAUUAAUUAUUUUUUUGUGCCUGUGUAUUUCUUUUAUGUUGGGAAUUACUUGUGCAGUUUGAAGGCUUCUCUUUAUGUCCCCUGUUCUCUUAAUUCGUAUUUUCCCACACAUCUAGUCCUAGCAUGGUGCUCAUUUUAUUUGUUGACUUGCACAGCCCUCACAGUAAGUUCUCUUCUGAACCCCCCAUAGGGCAUGAGCUUAUUAGUGUUGUACUGUAUUAAGCAAUGUUGUCCUCUUUUUAUUUUUUUGAUCAAUUGCUUGAGUAUUUUUUAUUGUUUAUAUAGCCUUUUUAGUUUAUAUACAUGAGGACAUAAUAAAAGUAUUGUCGCUGAGGACUGAAACAUAGAAUGUCUAUUACCUUUUUAUUUAUAUUAAAGCGGCUCUGUCACUUUAUAAUCUUUAUGAAAUAGUUAUCCUGACUGUGUUGGGAUUUCACUAAAAUUUCUAUACAAUCGAAAAAUAUUAUAAGCCAAAAAGUACUUUUGUCUUUUGGUAAAUCUAAAGUUGACAAAAGGCAAAGCAGCGCUGUCAACUUUUGUCCAAUCCCAGCAGCCGUCACAAUUGACUGCUGUGAGAUUCAGACAUAAAUCUAUGGAGCCUCUAGUGGGAUCCUCCAUAGAGCUCAGUGAUGUACUUCAAUGCUUGCGCAGGUGUACCAAAUUAAGUGCCAGGAGCCAAAAAGGACAGCAGCCUGAAGAUGGAGGCAGCCACAAGGAAUACCUUGAUGUUACUUAUCUCCUUGCGGCCACGGGACCCACACUGGACACCACAUCUUGGCCUCUUCUCGGCCACGUCUUUAUGAAAAAUGCAAAUAUUCCGGAAAGAAACAGAUUCACUUUAAAUUGCUGAUAUUUCCAGGUGAAGACCUAUCAAUCUUCUCACCCACUAUAUACAAAAACAACAAAAUGCCUACAUUUAUCACAGACUUUAUUUUUUAAUAUUCAAAAAUUUUUUGUAUGUCUAACAUGCAUACAUGGCAUUGUAGCUUGUGGGGUCCUGCUUGGGCUUAAAUGAAAAACCUUGCUGUCAUUGUCACUGCAUUGGGAACAGCUCCAUGCAUACAAUGGCCCAGCUUUCCCUUUGUCCCCAUGUUUUGUCAUAUGACAUGUGGUAACAAACAUAGCAGAAGGUAAGUGACCUUGUGUCUGUCUGUCUGUCUGUCUCUCUCUCUCUCUCUCUCUCUCUCUCAUAAGCAACUCUGGAUUGACUACUUAAUGCAGAAAAUCAUGAUAUCAAUUGAUCAGAAUAAAAAUAUAGGGCUCACUACCUCUUUAACCCCUUAAGGACACAUGACACGUGUGACAUGUCAUGAUUCCCUUUUAUUCCAGAAGUUUGGUACUUAAGGGGUUAAGUAAAAACAUGAUUUGUUAUAAUGAUAAUUUUACAGAAAAAAUACUUUUAUGUCCUGCUUUGAGCAGUAUGAUUACACUAUUGUCCUAUAAUACUUUGAUGAUUGGUGUGCCAAAGGCAUUUUCUUGCUUGCAUAUCUUGCAUAGGAAAAACACAAAAUCAUAGCGCUAACAUUUUUUUUUUUUUGUCUAUGCUUAGUAUGAAUUUAAUUACUUUUCUCAUAUCCUCCUAUUUAAAUUAAUCCCGUUCUAUAUGCCAAUGCUCAAAUUAGAAUAAUUCUUUAAUCAGCUGUGUUGUGCAUACAGUGGCAGUAGAAUGUAAAAAAAAUGAACCCCCUUUGUGGCGUAUUGAAAAGUCAGGCAUUUUAUUAUUUAUAACUGAUUUAAAAGUAAAAUCAGAAAUACCGAUUUCUACUUGACUGGAGAGUUGAUUUAGUUUGAAUAUCAGUCUGAUCCUAAUCAGGUGAAAAUUAAUUGAGUUGGAGAUUUUAGAUAUUCAGUGAUGGCAACUGAACCAUGAUCAAUCUAGAACUGACUGUCUUCUGCACUGCGCACACAAUACCAAGUAGCUUCAGCAAAUCAGUUACAGGCAACACAUUACAACACAGAAUAUUAUUUUUCAUGCUCAUCCUCUUAACUUUGUGGCUCAUUAAAUGCACCCGCUAAAGAUUCUCUGAGUACUUGCACAUAGCAGGCUCCAACAUGAAACUAAUCAACCUUGAUCUGGCACAAAAUUAAAGGCAUGCUAGCUUUCUCAUGAAAUAGCUUUUGAAAUCUGGUUUUCCAUCCUUUGAGUCUUGUUGUCGUGUCUCAGUUUAUUAACCCCCUAUCUAUGGCUGGUUUCCAAAAGGCACCAGCACUGUCUACAGGGUGGGCAUAUUCAUUCAAAUCCAUGCCUUACGAAUCGCCACUGUCAUGUAAAGUAAAUGUGAUCAGGUAAAGCUAGGUAUAUGGCAGUGCGAAGUACAACCAUCACCUUGUCAUGUUGAUGGGAAGCACAUGUAAAGUGCUGUACUGUGCGUUGUCAUUCAUACGAUGCAGAUGAUUGAUGACUUGAUUUACCUGUUGCAGCAUAUGUAUUCUAUAACCUGGCGAGUAGAAAUUCACUCUGCUGCCUUGCAGUGGUGAGUAAAUUUUAGGGCCUGGCUCGUAGCAUAGGACUUCAGAUUGUAAACCCUGUUCUAUAAAAUACAUUACAUGACAUAACUUUUCAUGUACUAUAUAUACAUAUAUUUGUGAUAUGUGUCCAGGAAAACAUGGUGAAUCUGGCCACUCAAUCUGUAAUCUUUUAGUACAUUGCUUUCAAUAUGGAAGGCUGACCUUUACAGACUUGUGCUGGGUAUAAUAACUUUUGAGUAGUCCAGCUGAGCACAGUUGGGAACAUUGUCCACAGCAGUGGAGAGACCGUUUAACGUUUGUACUUCUGGCAGUGUGAAGUAGUCCAUAGGCUUUUGUUUUUUGGUUUUUUUUGGGGGGUGGGGGGGAUUACUUUCCAUCUUACUUGCUUAUCUAUAAAUUGGGUUUCUCUUUAUAGACUUCCCAUAAUUUAAGAGAAUCUAAAAUAUUUCAUAUUACUUUUGUUUUUAUCCAUUGGACAAAGAGGGGGGAGAGAGACAGAGAGAGAGAGAGUGUGUGUGUGUGUGUGUGUGUGUGUGUGUGUGUGUGUAUAUAUAUAUAUAUAUAUAUAUACAUACACACACACACACACACACAUAUGUAUGUCUGUCACGGUAUGUAUGCGUGAGCAUAUUCUUGCAGACACUGUAAGAGCAUGAGGCAGCAGUAAGAUAAAGGAAGUGCAUCAGAAAUGUUUCGUCAUGUAUCUGAUAAACAGCCCAAGCACUUAAUUUUUUUUACUUACAGAAACAUUUGUAUCCGCGUUUACAAAUGUUAAAUUACAUCAAAGAUUACAUACGAGGACAAAAAGAGCAUGCUUUUGUUAUUUUAUUUCUAGCAGAUCCGUUCCAUGUAUGCCAACAUUCAGAAUUUGUUAAAAUGUCUACAUCUCGUGGCAGACUAAGUGAAACUGUAAUUUUCCCCCUUUAACAAUACACAACGGCAACACAGCUUCAUCAGUGCACUUAGCACAGUCCUCUACUUCAGCAGCUCUUUGUUUUAACGCUUGUAAAUCAUAUCACUGCAAGGUGUUGAGCAUACAGAAAAAAUAAAUAAAUAAAAGUAGCCCUCCCUAUUCAUUGCAAACACUUUUCAUUUAUCUGAAGAGUGUGAUCACAAUAUCUUAAGUGUUGUGAUAAUAUACAUGGUGAGAUGACACCUCAGUAGGGCCAGCUCCAAAGUAGAAAAAUUGUAAAGAUUUUUAAGCUGCAGUUAGGACAGUGCCGGCAAAGUAUCUAUAUCUAUAGAUAGGUUUUUAACAAGUUGGAGCCCUAGUGAUGUAGCAGUGUUGAUGUUGGAAUUCUGCCGAGCAUAAAGGAUGUAACAGAGAUCAUUUUGUUAUUUGAGAUGCCAAGCUAACUUGGGACACGUACCAAAGCUGCAGCAUUGGUGUCCUGAUGGGAUUUGGAUGCGCUGGAUGUGCUUUAAUCUAUUUUUCUAAAUAUCACAGACUUUUAACUCUUUCAGAGGCAGCAGCACCUCUUUUUUUUGCAUGUUUCUGAAUGGGUUAAAUAAUUCCUGUAAACAUAUAUUUUAAGCCUUAAUUUUAGUUUUCUUUAUUAAUUGCAUUAAAAAUCAUAGAUUUUAAUUUGUUGAAAUGCAAGGUAUGGACAAAAUGUAUACCACAUUGCAGAACGCAUAUAUUUGGUUAGGGUGCAAAUAACGUUGCCAGAUUUCCAUUAAAAAAAUUGCUUUAUGUAAGUUGGAAUACCACUUUUUAUGGGUGCCAAAAAGUAAGUAGUGUUUGAUAGCACCCCUGACAUUUGAGUAAGCUGUAAUUCAUCGGGUACCUAGCUGACAUUUAUUUCAUUUCCACCCUGGCCAUUUUCAGGGAUGAUAACCCUAACUCAUGAACUAUAAAGAUGUAUUCUUUUAGAAAUCAUCCAUGUUUGUACAGCAGCAACAUUUUUUAUGCAUAUUUUAAGUGUGCAAGCAGUGAUUGAUCUUCUCUACAGAACAUUUUUUCCCUUCUGCGUAACAAAACAAGUUUAUAACACAGGAUGUUCUAGUAAUAAUGAAACCUGGCCAGCCUCUGAGCUGUAGCUAUUUGGCUUGGAGCUUAUUUGUCAGAAGACAAUUAUUAUUUCUGUAUGUCUGCUUGUGGUGUUUUUAUCACCAUCUUAAAGGGUGAUUGCUGCUGUAUUUAGGGUUUGUUCCUAGGAUAUCGCACCUUUAAACCAAACAAGACGGGUGGCUUAACAAGUGAAAGAGACCUCCUGAUGUCUUUUGCUAAAUAAAAGAAGCCUUUACAGGCUUCAGAAGAAUUAUUUUUAGUGAAGUCUGUUCAGCAGUCAUUUGUCAGUGGGGACUCUACAUCAGAGCUAUAUUAGCCUAAAGCACAAGAAUGUCUUUAUUUACACCUCGAGAAGAUGGAAUGCCUAAAUAUAAAACACUUCUUGGCUUCGUACCUUUUUUAACUCUUGAUUAAUCUUGUAUUUUAAACUGCUUCUUUAAUAUCCUGUGACUGGGUGACUCAUUGACCUUGUUUGCUCCAUGGAGAUACUGGUACAAUAAACUACAAGGAAAGUACAUGUCAUAUUGACCUCGAUGCGUUUACAUUGUUAAAAACACAUCAUGGAGAUUUGUUACGCUUAACAUAAUAACAUUCUAGUUAUACAAUUUACUAGUUGGAUUCUUGGCUAAUAUUGUGACUUAAUAAAAACUAGACUUUAGGAAAGCUUAUGGCCUCCAAGACUAACCCCUACCUCACAUACCUGUCUCUUGCCCUCUCCUAAAGGGCAGCCCACCUUAUUUGAUUGCAAAUUCCUGUCCUAAUGUGUUUUACACCCCACCUCCUAUUGAAUGUAAGCUCGAUUGAGCAGGGUCCUCUUCAACCUAUUGUUUCUGUAAGUUUAUUUGUAAUUGUCCUAUUUAUAGUUAAAUCCCCUCUCAUAAUAUUGUAAAGCGCUACGGAAUCUGUUGGUGCUAUAUAAAUGGCAAUAAUAAUAGACUAGACCUUACAUCUUAUUUUACUCUGGCCGCCGAAUUUGCCACAGGAAUAUCCAGCUUUCUCUCUUCUUUAGUCCUCAGAAUGCAAUACCUUUGAAACGAUCAGUAAGAUUGCUAGGUGAGAAAAGGGUAGACGUUGCCUAUUUAAAAAAAACAAAAAAAAAAAACAAUUUCUUUUAUUUAAAAAAAAUAAUAAUAAUAAUUCAGAAGCACAUAAAGGAACCUGCCAUGUAAUCCUCAUUUUUUGUCAAAGCACUUUAAAAAAAACUUUGCCUAUAGUAAGAGGAACUGUACCAAAUGCUUUCUAUCACCAUAACUAUUAGAAUAAGCUGUAGUGAUUAUGGUGCUUGGAGGGUCCCUUUAAAAGCCAUACCUACUUUUAAAUUAAAUCAGCAUAAGAACAUUUUGAAUGUGCUGUGCGGUGUGAUUUCUUUUUAAAUUAGCAGCAUAAUAUUCAAAAUGAUUUCCGAAUAUUUUUUUUUUUUUUCAGCAUUAAUAAACACAGGAGCGCAAUGCUCUUUUCAGUUUUACAGUAAUGUAUUGAAGUCCAGAGCAAGCUUUGUGACUGAUGUAUCAUAAUACUAAUUGAUAAUUGAAGAAAGCCUGUCAAUCUAUUCAUAUUUGAAAUAUCCAUCCUGCCUUCUUUUGAUUUUAAUAGAGAGACCCUAAUUACAGAGCUGGGAACAUCUUUAUUAUUGUAGCCAUGUGUCAAAAAGAACUAAAGGCCAGAAGCACACAAAAGGAGCAGGCAGUCAUUUUGUGUGUGAAUGGAAGGGAGUUGAAUUCAGAUUUUUUUUUUCUGUGUUGAAGAGUUAUAGCUCAUUGCAAGUAGCAUAGUUAUAAGUUGUAGCUUAAUGCUACCUUUUUUUUUUAUCGCCAUCAUUUCAUUCUCUAACCCUUCACUCUUGUGCUCUCUCCUCUACACACACUACAGUUUGUGUGCUUCCUUUGCAGCACAAUUGUUUCUAACUAAUCAUUGUUAAAUUUCGCUGCACUUCAAUAGCGCCCCUCUUCAUUUAUGCUCCCUUCUAUCAAGUUACCUCUACUCUACUUUAUGAGGCAAUGUUUUACAUGUCCCUAUUAUAAGCUGCCAUCACAGUUCAAUGUUGUUUCUUUCUUUCUCUCUUUCCCCAUUGCUUUUUUUUCUUUUCCCCAUAAUACCAAGUUAUCUAAACCAGAGUACAUACCGUAUAUCGUUUUUGCUAUCGGCCCUUACCCAUCAGGGUAUCUGUUCCAACGAUGGCUGCGCAGAACUUUGUAUGGAAAUAUUGAACGUUACUCUUUGUGAUUAUUAUACAGGAUCCUUUUCUUGCACCCAAACCAUGACAACACUAAAUUUGUCUGCAUUAGGCUUGAAUGUCUAUAUACGCACAAUAUGGAUUUGUCCAGUGAGUUCAGGACCCUCCUCCUAUAACAUAUAAAGGAAAAGCGAAGUAAGGUCUUUCAGUGGAGAAAGUUGGUUAGGUAACCAUUUCAAAGCUUACACCGUCGUCAAGUUGCACGUAUAAUUUUAUCGUAAUCCUAGAAGGACUUCAGAUUUAAAAAAAAAGAGAUGAUAGCUUGAAUAGAAAGUUUGAUAAAACAAUGCUGGCUGCCGUGUUAAUUAUAGACGUUUUAUAAAGCAGAGUGUAGUGAUAUGGUAUCUGUAAUGUUGCCUGUUUAUUAUUUUUAUUGGGAGCUUAAUGCAGUAACAUGAGAUUUUUUUAAUGUAUUUUUUUGCAACCCAGUAGCUAAUAAGAACAUUGUUAAACCAUGAACUAUUGUUUUCCCAUUUAUGUUUUCAGCAGCACUUACACUUGAGUAACUCCUUUCUCUCUUUAGAACUGUAUAGGCAGUUUUUCCAUAACCUAAAGGAACUAUACUAAUGAUUUUGAUGUCCCCCCCCACCCCCCCUCCCUCAAACUGAUAAAAUAUAGUUUUUAAUUACCUUUAAUCCUGACGCACGGGUCUCUAUAAGGCCGCUGUGCCUUCCCUGCUGAUAUUAUCAAUCCAGUGUUUCCACGUAGUGUUUUAUUUUCUUUUAUGAUUUGUUUCAUUAAGAUAAGAUGUUUCUCUGCACUUAUUUCUUUUCCUCCAAACGUAAUAUCUGCUACUUCUGUCUAUCAGGAAAGCGUAGGCGGAAGACAAUGAGAGACUCCUCCACCGGUCAUUUUGGUCAUUUAAACUUUGUUGAAUAGAUAUGCAAAGUAGCUACUCGGUCCAAUGUUUUCAAAUUUUUUUUAUUUAGUUUUUGCAUCUCUUGCUACUCUUGUCAAGCAUUUUCUACAUGCUGUUUGUCUAGACACAGACAAUUGGCCCAUGUAUUAUGGCAUAAUGUAUUUCAUUGCUUUCACUCAUUAAAAAGAAAGACAUUAUGCUUACAAAUGUAUUAAAAAAAAAAAAAAAAAAAAAAUUUUUUUGUGUAGGGCAACCAUCCAUAAAGCCUCUAUCCCUUCUUUUUAGAUCGGUUUACUGGUACCUUUUGGUUUUGCACCAGGUGCCCUAGUUUAUCGCCUUUACUUUUUUCCUUCUGUUGGGCUAUCCAAUGAAAUGGAGGUUUUAGGAGGAGCAGGAAAAGGGGCAACAAUCUCUUGGCAGUUCUGCCAUCUCUGCAUAAAAGUGACACAAACAUGUAUUCCUAACAUUAUAGGUUCCUCUACCUAUAGAUUUCUGGCAACCCCCUGUUGUGAGGAGUUUACUUACCUUACAUUCCCAGGUGCACCUGUCUCUGUGCUGAAGCUCCACCUCCUUGGCUCAGAUCAUUAGUUUUGAUUAUCUCACCCAAUCCAAUGCUUUACCAUAGGAAAGCAUUGGAAGGCUAGUGCAUAUGUGUGGCAAAAUGCUAUGCAGCGCCAAUCAAAUACUCUAUAUGACCAACUGAUUAAAAUAGCUGAGUUCUAUUCGACUAUGGACACAGAAGCAACUCUAGUAAUUGUCAGUGUGACAGUCACUUGAAGAAUUUGUAACCAUGCUUGAUUCCAGUUGCAGGGAUAAAGCUACAGGGGCCUGACACCCAGACCACUUCAUUAAAGGGACACUCUAGGCACCCAGACCACUUCUGCCCAUUGGCCCCUUAACCCUGCAAGUGUAAUUAUUGCAGUUUUUUAUAAACUGAAAUAAUUACCUUGCAGGGUUAACUCCACCUCUAGUGGCUAUCUACUAGACAGCCACUAGAGGGCACUUCCUCCUUCAUAGCACAGAAAACCUGUGCUAGAGUGUCGCUGGACGUCUUCACGCUGUGUGAGGACCUCCAGCGUCGCUCGUUUCCCCAUAGGAAAGCAUUGAAAAUCAUUUUCAAUGCUUUCCUAUGGGGAGCUCUGGUGCGCAUGCGCGGCAUUGCCGCGCAUGUGCAUUAGGUCUCCCCAGCCGGUGGGCGGUAUCAGUCUCGUCCACCGGCCGACGUAACACGGAGGAGGAGGAGCGGCAGAGGAAAACGCAGCGACGUGGGACAUGUCGCUGCCUCUGGUAAGUUACUGAAGGGGUUUUCACCCCUUCAGCAACUGGGGAUUGGGGGGUGGGAGGGAGAAGGGACCUGCAGUACCAGGAAAACGGAUUGUUUUCCUGGCACUGGAGUUUCCCUUUAAGAAGAGUUCAAUCCAACCUGCCACUAUGUGAAAGAAAAUGCUUUUAUUUUUCUUCUUGCUUUGUCCACCUUCACCCUUUUCUCCUUUAACCUUGACUUGCUCCAUUCUUCACUUUGUAACCUUUCCAAUAUGACCAUCUUCCUAGUCUCAUUUACCUCUAUCUCCUCGUUCCCUUCUUUUUCCUCCGUAAAAUCUAUGCACUGUGUUAGUGAUUACAUAAUGAGUAAGGUUAAUGCAGGUUUGAAUAUUUUAAAUAGAAAUGUACUAAACAAUUUAAUAAAAUUAUGAUUUUUUUUCAGCAUUAUGAAAUUCAAAUAUUUCUGUUUAUCUACAUCAAGAUAAAGAUUAAAAUAUCAAUGUGAUAUGUUUCUUUCCAGUACUUAUAAUGUAAUUUUAACAUCUGUGAUUUUUGUGUGUCACACGUAACCUCACUGAACUCUUCCAUUACACAAACAAAGGAGUUACAAAUUUUGGCAAGAUGAACUAACGACAUCAAUCGAAACAAUAAAAGUGUGCUUAUGUGAUAUGAAAGGAAAGAUCCUAAUUAAAUCCUUGUGCUAAAGAAGCGACAAAGACCUUACAAACAGAGUGUGGCUUGAGGCCAGCAGCGGUGAUGCUGGAAAAGCAGAUUUGGUCAGUGAGUGAGAAAAUGCUUACAAGAAGAAUUAAUUCGUUGAUCAUAAAACUAUUACAUUGUAUUAGAAGCCUUAGUCAUGUGUAAACUAAUUUCAGAACCUAUAAAGUCAAUAUGUGCUUCCAUGCAGAAUGGACACAUGUUAAUACAUCUCCUAUUUCUUUCUUUCUUACUUUACAUGUUCAUCUAAAGCAUUAGAGGAUUAAAAAAAAAUGGAUCAGUUGUUCAUUUCCAGGAAAAAUACAAUACAGGAUUCUUCCAUGUACAAUGUCAUUUUUGUGUAUAUUACAUGAACGCAGUUUUCAUUUUAAAUGUCUGUCCGUGUUCUUUAACCAUGCCCUCUAGAGCUAGCAACAAGACAGAUCUCUCUAUGUGUAUCUCUCUAUAUAAGAGUGGCGGAUUCAAAUAAGAAUUGCAAAUGUUACACCAAAAUAGCCAAUUUGGAAGUAUCCCCAAGCUAUUUAUGUUUCCAGCUCAACUCAUUUUGAUUUGAAUUUAUAAUUGUCAGUUGAAUUCCUGACAUUUCACAAUUCAGCAAAUAGCCAGUUGAGUUACUGAAAAGUUGACCUUGGUUAAAGCAGGGAUAUUAUGCAAUUUUAUCCCGUUGGUAGGUAUUGGAAAAAGGUUUGAAGCACCUGGUCACAGCAGAAUUAGACCAGCCUCAGAAUCCAGACAUGGUUCUCCAGCUGUUGUUAGUCACCACCACUUCUGAGGCAACAGAAUUGCCCUCUGGGCUAACAAUCAUUUUGCAUGUGUUGAUUUGGAGUAGGAUACUUAAAUAUUGUUGCUAUGAAGCCUUUCUUAAACAUUUUCUUUGCAGAAAAUGGAAAGAUGUAAUGCCCAAGCAGUCACCGGUAUGUGCACUCAUAUUGGCAAGAUUUUAUUUUUGCUAUAGUGUUUAUCUGGGGACUAAUGUGCUUUACAUUAUUACUUGCUUUUACCCGUUAGUGACCAGACCAUUUUUCAAUUUUCUUACCGUUCAGGACCAGGGCUGUUUUUACAUUUCUGCGGUGUUUGUGUUUAGCUGUAAUUUUCCUCUUACUCACACAUAUUAUAUCCGUUUUUCUCGCCAUUAAAUAGUCUUUCUAAAGAUACCAUUAUUUUCAUCAUCAUCAUAUAAUUUACUAUGAACAAAAUUCUAAAAUAUGAUUUUUUUUUUAAAACACUUUUUCUAACUUUGACCCCCAAAAGCUGCUACGCAUCUACAACCGACAAAAAAGACCCAUGCUAAAUAGUUUCUAAAUUUUGUCCUGCGUUUAGAAAUACCCAAUUUUAACAUGUUUUUAGCUUUUUUUUUUUUUUGCAAGUUAUAGGGCAAUAAGUACUUUGCUAUUUUCAAACCAUUCCUUCUCCCCACAAUUAACGAAAGUUACAUUGUAACACUGAUCUGCCAGGAAUCCCUGAAUAACCCUUAACAUGUAUAUAUUUUUUAAAAGAAGACACCCUGAGGUAUUAACCGGUUUAUUAACAGGUAUCUAAAGAGCCUGUUUGGCUCUAGAAGCCUUGAGUGCUGUGCAAAGGCACACGUGCCAUAGGUUGCCUACCCCUGCCCUAGGGUGUCUUCUUUUCAAAAUUAUAUGGUUUGGUGGGGUAAAUCAGUUGCCGGCUUCAAAAAGGUCCAUAAAUAGGACAUGGGUGCAUGAUGACCAUCUGUGAAAAUUCCAAGUUGGAAAACUGGAAUGCACACCCUCCAAAUAAAGUCUUUUAGCCCCUAGAGAACCCGACACACCUAUACAUGGAGGAUAUCACUGUACUCAGGAGAUGUUGCUAAACACAUAUUGGGGUGUUUUUUGGCAUUAACCCUUAAAGUUCUCAGUAUAUAUAUUCUUAAAUUGCUAUGUGUGUCAAAAAAUCACCAAUUAUUAUUUUUUUUUUUAAAUUUGGCAUAGAUUGGUUGCAUGAAGGGGGAGGCGAGCCAACAGCGGAGCCGUUAUGACGCCAUUUCGGAUAGCUCCUGAAAAUCUUACCUAAUCUCCUCUAAAUCAAAGUCAUCUCGCACAAUCCAGUGCUCAAAAACCCCUCAAAAGUCUAAGGGGUUCCAGCUGCAUCGACUGAUGCCCUUCUUUGCAACACCCAAAAUGUCUAAGUGGAGACGCAGGCUCGGGGCCUACACCACACAGAGCCAGAUUGGGAGUCGAGAAACCAGACUUCUACACACCAACGCAGCCAGAGCCUCCUGCACAAAUGGCAGCAAUGGGACGACGCUCCCAUUAAGCAAGCCCCUCGACUGACCACCGUGACAUCGGAGCAUUACUCCAAAAACAAGUACGGCCCAAGAUGGCGCCCACUGAGUGUCCCCAAGCCGAGGCACCUGAUGCCACGUGCAAUCAUCAACAACAAGGUGAGCUGGCAGACUUACACUCAGGGGCUCCCACAAAGACACUGGAAUCUAUGACCCCAGCAUGACAUGAAACUCUUGCUGCAUGACUUGGCAGUCCUUCACUCAGAUUUGCAGAACACCACUGACCGAGUAUAUGCUAACGAAGAGGACAUUUCUGACAUACAAGUCGGUCUAUCUAACGUAAAUCAAUGAUACAGGAACUCACACCAAGCACUGUCUCUGCAAAUGACAGCCAUAGAGGACCAGUACAGGCGGCAUAACAUCAAAAUCCGCGGAGUACCAGCUGCUGUCUUGACGGAGGAAUUGCCACUCUUCGUGAGGAGAAUGCUGGCGAUGAUCUUACCCCCCACAAUGGUAAGAAAAAUUACUAUUGAUAGAGUAUACAUACUCACCGGACCAAACAGGCCAGCACCACAUUCUGCCAGAGAUAUCAUUCUUCGGUGCAUGACAUUACAUGAUAAGGGACAAAUUAUGGCGGCCCUCGGACAAAACGCCUCUAUUAUUUGAGGAAGCCCACCUAACCUUUUAUCAGGACUUGACAAGAAUGACCCUGCAAUGGCGCAAGUUGCUCACGCUAGUCACACGGCAAUUGCGGGCUGCAGGCGUAACCUAUCGUUGGGGCACGCCUGGAACCCUACACGAGACCCACAAUGGGACCACUCAGUCACUCACCUCACUGGCAGAAGCACCAAAAUUGCUAUCAACAUUGGGACUGACGGAGACACAGACCAGCCCAGUGGGCGCUGCACUUGGCAUGGUGUGGGACACCUCUAAAGUCACGCCCUUUGUCCCAAGAACUGGAGGGGCAAUAGACCAGACACCUGAUGGCAGCUGGAUGCAGAUAAGACUCUACUGGCUCUACCUGAGCAGAGAAGCACCUACACAGUUCCACAAGUCAAUCACUAAUUCUUCUCAUGAUGUCUCUCUAUGGUUCUGUUUUGUUUUUGCUUUAAUUUCGUUAUUAGUCACUUUGGUCCUGUUUAGCUUAGGCUCCAUACCCACUCACCCGUUGGAGCUCUCUAAGAGCUUCUGUGGGACGAGUGCUCGCCCCAAAGGUAGAAGACCCAGAACCCCACAUAAGUUGCAACCAAGAAAGCCAUACCUGCAACGGGCCUAACCCCUGGGAGUAAAACCACCAGUCUCUCUCCCCCAUACCCCCUGCAGUCCCCUUGGUUAGGGGCACCCGCAGCUGCAAAGCUUAUCUGCAUCAUCCCGCAGACAAUCUCAAGGUACUAAACUAGACAUGCUACUCUACUAUGCUUUGCACUCAUAACACACAGUGUUGUAAACUUCUGAUGGAUGGCCCACGAUAGUGAGCACAUACUAUAUAUCUACUAACUCACGCUCUCAACACUGCAUUUACACCCCAACCACCACUCACUUAACAAUGCAAUCUUUCAGUACAUAAACCUCUCAUGUUCGUAACAGCGUUCCCACCUACUGAAAAAUGUAUACUCUUGUUUUACAAAAAUUUUGUGCUUUAUACCACUUUCAUAAUGCUACCCCACCUGAUACGUUGUGUUAUGCUGUUGUGGCAUUGUUGAUAUGCUGGUUUCAUCACAGCACAUCAAAAAAUAAAGAUUUUUUUUUAAAAAUGGUUACAUGAAAAGAGUAAAAAAUACCCCAAGUUUAAUACCAUUGGUUGUCUUGUUUUAAAAAAUAUAUACAUGUGGGGGGGCGGAGCCUGCAUGCAGACCUAACCAGACACCAUCUUCUUGAGCACCUCCAAACUUAUGUUGAAUCUACCUGAUGUUGGAAAAACUAAAGCCAAUCCAGCUUGCUAACCACCAGAACCAGCAGGCAGAGCUGCGUUGGUUGAUGCCUUUUUUUUCAGCCACAAAAGCAGCCUAAACGGCGCCGCAGAAUUGAGGCCUACCGCCGAUCCUCGACCUCGAGGCACUCCUUGGCGAAGACUUUAUGGAGGCCCCCGAGAAGUACUACGCCACCACACGUGCCAGCUAUGGGCCGAAGAUUGCAGAAACCCACCUCUGGGUCUGACUACCAAUACAUCACCCAACCCCACUCCCUCCACCAUUCUACACUCAUUCGCACCUGCUACAGCAGAAGAGGUUCAUGCUCUGCUCCAGUCCUCCCGCCCCACCACCUGUUCCCUCGAUCCUAUUCCCUCGCAUCUCAUCCGCACUUUGUCUCCCUCUCUUGCUCUUCCCCUCACUAAAAUCUUCAAUCUCUCCCUUUCCUCUGGCACCUUUCCCUCUCCCUUCAAACAUGCAACUGUAACCCCAAUUCUGAAAAAACCCAGCCUUGACCCAACUCCCCAUCCAAUUACCGCUCUAUCUCGCUCUUGCCAUUUGCCUCCAAGAUCCUCGAGAGAGUUGUGUACAUCAGAAUGGCUGACUUUCUCGAAUCCAACUCUCUGCUUGACCCCCUUCAGUCUGGAUUCCGCGCUGGUCAUUCUGUCUAAACGGCUGUGACCAAAGUAUCCAACAAUUUAAUCGCUGCUAAAUCUCAUGGCCAUUACUCUAUCCUAAUUCCCCUUGAUCUUUCUGCUGCCUUUGACACUGUUGAUCAUCAACAGCUUCUUUGCAUUCUCCAUAAUUUUGGUCUUUGGGAUACUGCUCUCUCCUUGUGCUCCUCCUUCCUCUCCCAGCGCUCUUUCAGUGUUUCUUUCUCUGACUGUCUCUUGCCCCAAACCACUCUCUGUCGGCGUCCCCCAAGGUUCUCUCCUUGGUCCCCUACUGUUCUCUAUCUAUACUGCCUCCCUUGGGAAACUCAUCAGCUUCUUUGGCUUCCAUUAUUAUUUCUAUGCGGAUGACACGCAAAUCUACCUGUCCUCUCCUGAUCUCUCUCCACCCGUCUUGACUCGUGUCUAUGACUGCCUCUCUUCGAUCUCCAACUGGAUGGCUGCUCACUUCCUUAAACUCAACCUGUCCAAAACAGAACUCCUGGUCUUUCCUCCCUGAAGUGUUACUACUCCUGUGUCUGUCUCCCUCCAAGUCAAUGGCGCUACCAUCACCUCUACCUCACAGGCUCGCUGCCUGGGUGUUCUUUUUGACUCCAACCUCUCCUUCACCCCUCAUAUCCAAUCAAUCACCAAAUCGUGUUGCUUCCAUCUCAAAAACAUAGCACGCAUUUGCCCCUAUUUAACCCCAGGUGCGGCUAAGGUGCUGGUCCACCCUUCUCAGUGGUCUUACAUGUUCCCAGAUUGCACCGCUGCAAUCUAUAAUGAAUGCAGCGGCGAGGCUAAUUUUCCUGUCCACUCGCACUUCCCAUGCCUCCCCACUCUGUCAGUCCCUGCACUGGCUUCCAGUUAAAUAUAGGGCUCAAUUUAAAAUUCUGGUUCUUGCUUACAGGUCCCUACAUAAUGCUGCUCCAACCUACCUAUCCUCCCUAAUACACAAGUAUGUCCCGUCGAGGCCCCUACACUCUGCCAAAGACCUACGUCUAUCCUCCGUCCGUACUCCCACCUCUGAUGCUCACCUCCAAGAUUUCUCCAGGGCUGCACCUCUUCUGUGUAACGCGCUCUUCCCUUCUCUGUAAGACUUUCACCCAGUCUCCACUCAUUCAAAAAAUCAUUGAAAACCCACUUCUUCAAGAAAGCAUAUCAGUUAAACUGUAAGCAGGUUUUUAUCCCCCACCCUCAUGACUCCUCUCCAGCAACUGUCAAAAAUGACUUACCAAGCCCUCAAUGAAUACUUUUCUAACAACCUACUUCGUACCCCUACUUUUACCCUUUGUGUCACUAUACCACACUCCCUCUAGAAUGUAAGCUCAUUGAGCAGGGCCCUCCACCUCUCUGUUCCUGUACGUCCAAUUGUCUGGUUAAAAUUACAUGUCUGUUAGUCCACCCAAUGUACAGCGCUAUGAAAUGUGAUGGCACUAUAUAAAUAAUAAUAAUAAUGACUCAACCCACAUUGACAAAAUAACAACGCUCACUAUAGGGCUACCAUAAAACUAUACUCUACUUGUUUGGUCAGCUAACACUCUAACCAGUUUCCCUGUAUAACUAGUAAUCCUGUUGAUCACAAAAAAAAAAUAAUUAUAGUGCUUAUUAUCAGAAAUAUAUGAUCUAUGCAUAUCUUGCUAAGCAUUGUACGAAUAUCAAUUGUUUGCCUUGGAACCAUACUGCAUGCACUACUAAAAUAAAGAAUAAUACAUUUAUUUAUAUAUAUAUAUAAUAUAUAUAUAUAAUAUAUAUAAUAUAUAUAUAUAUAUAUAUAUAUAUAUAUAUAUAUAUAUAUAUAUAUAUAUAUACACACACACACACGUGAAGGGUUUAUCAGGGAUUCCUGACAAAUAUCAGUGUUACAAUGUAAUAAAAAAAAAAAAAAGAAAGGUGUGGAAAUAGCAAAGUGCUACUUGUACUUAUUGCCCUAUAACUUCCCAGAAAAGCUAAGAACAUGUUAAGAUGGGUAUUUAUAAACUCAAGACACAAUUUAGAAACCAUUUAGCACGGGUAUUUUUUGGCGGUUGUAGGUGCAUAACAGAUUUUGGGGGUCAAAGUUACAAAAAGUUUGUUUUUUGUUUUUCAUCAUGUUUUAUACAUUUUUUUUAUAGUAAAUUAUAUGAUGAAAAUUAUGGUAUCUUUAGAAAGACUAUUUAAUGGCAAGAAAAAAUGAUAUAUAAUAUGUGUUGGUAGAGUAAAUGAGUAAGAGGAAAAUUACAGCUUAACACAAACACAGCAGAAAUGUAAAAACAGCCCUGGUCCCAAACAGUAAGAAAAUUGAAAAGUGUUCUGGUCACUAAGGGGUUAAAUAUGAAGAGACAGUAUUUUUUUUUUUCCAAUAUAAGUUGAUCUCCUAUAAAACAGUCUAUGCAGAAGAGUUUAGCCUUGUGGUGUUUCAGGUUUGCAUAUAUAGAUAUAUUAGAUAUUUAUACUUAAAAUUCCGGCACCCCCCCCGCCUUCUAAAUACACAUACACACUCACUGACAGACAGACACACAUACACUCAAUGUCAGUCACACAUUCACUGACAGACACAUAUACAUUGUGUCAGAGACACACAUUCACUGACAGACAUAUACACUCAGUGUCAGAGACACACAUUCACUGACAGACACACAUACACUAGCUAACAGACAUACACACUCACUGACACAUACAGUCACUAACAGACACACACAUAGUAACACACUCCCUAACAGACACACACUCACUCACUCCCUAACAGACACUCACUGAACAGGAAGAUCAGUGCUCCCUCGCUGCCCAUCCGGAAAGCUCCGCUGCUGCCAGCCUGGGGGGCCCUGAGGUGGCCACCCGGCCAGCUCCUGGCCCCCCCAGUACAAGAGGCUAGCAAAGCAUUUGCCGGGGAGAUUGGGGGGUGGCUUCCGGUUUCAGUUCUAAACAGUGUGCGGCACUGGAUUUUAAUGUCUCCACCCUCUCAAUGGAGGCACUGAACAUUAUCCUUAGAAAUGCAUUGAUUCUAUGAGGCGCAGAGCAGCAUUUUGGCAUUUAUGCGCAAUAGCCUCCCAAUGCUUUGCUAUGGGAAAACAUUGGAUUGGCUGAGAUCAUCAAGCCAUGGAGACACAGGCGCAUCACAGGGGAAAAAGGUGAAUUAUAACAACUUUUUACUGCAAAGAGAAGGGUCCGGCUACCUAAAUAUUUUAACACUAUAGUGUCAGGAAUACAUAUGUGUCCUUGACACAGUAGUGUUUCUUUAAAGGGACAAGCUUGGCAUCAACACAACUUUUUUGCAUGCAGUGAUAUGCUGUAUUUUUUACGACAAAUGUUUGCAGAACCCUGCAUCAUUAGUCUCCUUAACCAUGCCGUCCCUAUUAAAUAAAAAGACUUGUGUGUACAUGCAUACCUCAGCCAUUGACAGCACUUCGUGAGCGAAACUGCUGGUAACCAAGCAGCCUGCAGGCACAUAGUAAUGUUAUAACUUUAUAACCACCAUAACCAUAUCAAUUAGGUUGUUGUGGUGCUGGGAGUACCCUGGUUUCAUCUUACUUUCCAGUGUUAAACUAUUUUGAACCUUAUUUUGUCCCAUUGCUUCCACAGUGGUGUACUUUAUGAAACAAAUAAUUACUACAUUUAAUAUUACUUCAUAUACACAGAAAUGGGCAUGCACCGACCUGAUAAUUGUAAAAUAGAGAACUAUGAAAAAUACAUAGUAAAGCAAGCACAAUAAAUAUUGUGUUUGACGUAUGCAGUGAUGUUCCGUUUUUUUUUUGUUUUUUUUUUGCAUAACCACUUCCUAAGAUAUUAGCAAUUUAUUAUUUGAUGAUGUGGUUCCCCCAUUGAGGUCAUUUGUGGUUCCCCCAUUGAGGUCAUUCACACUGACUACCAUAGAUCAAAAUAUUCACACUCUUUGUAUCACAGAGCUUCAGCAUUAGAGUCCUGUUUGUCUGAUGCAUUCAUUUAGAAAUGUAAUUUAAAAAUGCUUUUUUACAAGUGUGAAGUUUUUUCAUAGAAUUUUAGUUUUUUACUUUAUUUUCCUUCUGUGGGUAAAUCUAAUUUUGUAGUUAUAUUUUAGCCAAGGUUGUUGUAAUGCUAUAAGAUAUACUUCUUUACCAUCUGCAUUAAGGGUUAAUAAAAACCUAACUUUUUACCAUUUAUGGGCAUAAAAAAAGCUACUAGAGAACUUGCCACCAGCCCUUUCCUUCAGUAAACGAACCUAAUAUGUCAGGAGAAACCAGAAUAGUCUCAUACACUCUCAGGCUGUGCCAAAUGCUUUAGCUGUGUAUUCCUUACCUGGCUAUACCUGUAUACAUAGACUCCAAGUCUAAAACAUUUCUAGGUAAGGUAUUUAAGUAAUGACUGCCUCCUCAAUUGAACAAAGUGAAACUUAACCUAACCUAUGCACUGCACCAAACAUGUAGGUCCCUGGAGUGUUCCAUUAACCUUUUUUCGUAUUGUUUUUGUGGUUUUUAUUUAAGCUUUCACAAAGUGUUGUCAAGAAAGUGGUUUUCUGAUGGUGGUGAAAUGCCGAGAAGAAAAUGCAGCCCUGAAAGAGUGUCUUACGAAAUAGUAAGUGGUGAGGGUUUGGGCUUUUUCUUGUUUUUAUUUUUUUAUAAGGCUUUCUUUUUAUAUACAUAAAGCAAUAUGUAGCUUUCUGAUUUGUGGCUUAUGUAAAGUUUCUCAUCUCUACUCUUCCAUUUUAUACAUAACUUAUUUCCCAAAUUACACUUUUAUAGCUGGUGCAUAGUUACCCUUUUUAUCCCCAGUUCACACUUCAUUACCUCUCACAUCACCCUGUCCUUAUCAAUUCACAGCUCAUUACCUCUCAUGUGACCCUGUUCUUAUUCCCAAUGCACAGCUCACAGGCUACUUUUUCCUAGUGCUCAGCUUCUUUUCUGCCACAAUACUACAUUCUUCCCGAUGCACAGUGUUUCUCUGCUGCCAUAAUACCACGUUCUUCACAUUGCACAGAGCAACUCUGUUCCAAAAAUACCACGUUCUUUACAUUGCACAGAGCUUCUAUGCUCCCACAAUACCACGUUCUUCACAUUGCACAGAGCUUCUCUGCUCCCACAAUACCACGUUCUUCACAUUGCACAGAGCUUCUCUGCUCCCACAAUACCACGUUCUUCACAUUGCACAGAGCUUCUCUGCUCCCACAAUACCACGUUCUUCACAUUGCACAGAGCAUCUCUGCUCCCACAAUACCACAUUCUUCACAUUGCACAGAGCUUCUCUGUUCCCACAAUACCACGUUCUUCACAUUGCACAGAGCAUCUCUGUUCCAAAAAUACCAUGUUCUUCACAUUGCACAGAGCUUCUCUGCUCCCACAAUACAACGUUCUUCACAUUGCACAGAGCUCCUCUGUUCCCACAAUACCACAUUCUUCACAUUACACAGAGCUUCUCUGCUCCCACAAUACCAUGUUCUUUACAUUGCACAGAGCUUCUCUGCUCCCACAAUACCACGUUCUUUACAUUGCACAGAGCUGCUCUGCUCCCACAAUACUAUAUUCUUCACAUUGCACAGAGCUCCUCUGCUCCCACAAUACCAUGUUCUUCACGUUCUGUAUUACAAUGCAUAGCUCAUCUGCUUUAAGUAUUUGUAUUUAUAUAGCACCAAAUUAUUCUGCAGUUCUUUACAAUAUUAAUGCACAGCUCCACAGCAUGCCAUAAUGUCAUGUACUUACCAAUGCACACCUCCUCAGUAUUCCAUAAUGCCAUGUUCUUCCCGACGCACACCUCCUCGGGAUACCAUAAUACCAUGUUCUUCCCAAUGCCUAUCCCACGGCAUACCAUAAUACCAUGUUCUUCCCAAAGCACACCUCCUUGGCAUACCAUAAUGCCAUGUUCUUCCAAAUGCACACCUCCUAGGUAUACCAUAAUGCCAUGUUAUUCUUAAUGCAUACCUCCUCGGCAUGCCAUGUUCUUCACAAUGCACACCUCCUCGGCAUACCAUAAAGCCAUGUGCUUCAUAAUGCACACCUCCUCGGCAUACCAUAGUGUCAUGUUCUUCACAAUGCACAGCUUGUCAUAACCUGCAUUAUUUUGUUGUUACCAAUGUACAGCUCAUCCCCACAGCUAAUAGCCUGUUCAUCUAUAUUAGAGCUUCCCAUCUCACAUUGCCAUGUUUAUUCCACAUCCCCAUUCCUUAUUAUUAAUACGGCGUGUUCAAGAUGAUUUCUAUGUAUAGUUUGAUAUAACUUGAGGUUGCUUACAGAAUAGACAAAAAAAACCUUAUCUUUCAUUUAAUGGUUUCUUAAUUUUUUUUUCUCUAAGCUACAGAGAUGCUGCUCUCUUUGAAGAAUGUAAACAGGAAUAUUUAAAAGAAAGAGAAGAAUACAGAAGAACAGGAAUUCCUUCUAAAAAAAGGGAACAAAAAUUGCCGACCAGCAUGUGACAUUAGUUUUUUUGAAUAAAAUAUAUUUUUUUCCAUUUUCUUUGAAAUUAGAAAUUGUGUAAGUUUUCUAAAGAAAUAGAUUAAUAUCACCUUUACAAAUGGCAAGCAGAUGCUUAAAGUAUCACUCCACACACAUAAAGCACUAAAUCUUAUGAGGAGUAUCCCAUCUUGAUUACAUCUUGUAAAAGUGGCUAUUAGCAUUAGAAAUAUGCACUUUUAUAACUCAAUUAAGAACCACCUCCAUAAGUUGUUCUUUCUCCUUCCAAUAACUACACUGAGCGAACAGAAGUGACAGGUGCACUGGUCUAGAGCCACCCUUCCAAGUAGUGUGCCACCAUAGUACUCAUUGCACCUUCGUGAGCCUGGCGCCUUUGAUCUCUGCCACUGGUCCUACUCUGCUGUUAUGUUCCUCACUGCUCCCCCUCACCAUGCGCAAGCUGGAAAGUGUGCUUGUGACUUCUCAAUGAGAAGUCUCUGAUUGCUCAUUUCCCCAGAAUAAACAUAGUCUGUCCUGGGGGAAAAAAAGGGGUGGGCUUGCAAAGGCUUCAGGCAGAAGAUCUGCAGCUUUUGCAAGACUUAUUUAAUUAUUUUUUUAGAUAUACCCUCAAUGACAAAAUGCAUGCAUGUUUUCAUUGGGGGUAUAUUUACAAAAUUGUGAAUUAUUAUUAAAAAAAUAAAUAAAUAAAAAUAAAUAUAUAU